AAAAGCUGUCUAAUGUCUAUACUUCAUUCUCAUUUCAUUUCUAAUUUUGUCAAAAUAGGGAACAGUGAUGACGUUCAUUCUUUAAACUCUGGAAGAGUUUAAAUAAUAACAAAAAUGAAUAUAAACAGUGUUGAAGAUGAUCAUACUUCUUCUGCUCUGGAUGUGAUCGAGAGUCCUCGGAAGAGGAUGCGGUUAGAUAACUCUGGGCGUAAAUCAUGGAGCUUGAUGGACCGAAGAACAGAUACAGAUGUGCUACAAGAAAUGGGUGUGAGCUUACUGGAGCCGGACGACGGCGACAAUAACUGUGACACCAUCAGUAAUACGCACAGAACAUUAAAAAGGAAACACGACAUAGAAAACGUCAACCCCAACAUAUCGAGGGUAAUCAGCCCCUCGGCCAAGUUGAGCCCCGGACCGUCUCGGAAAAGCCCCAGGAGUUGUGACAAAUUACCCCUCCAACCAACGGAACACACCCUGGACACAACCCUGACGGGAACCUAUCUCAUCGAAGAGGAGACGCCGCUGGGCCAGUCUGUAACGUCGAACUAUAAAAUUGCGGCAGGUUACAGCGUCAGUGCCACUACCACAAGUGGCAAGAAACUCAAGGAAAUUGAACGAACCCCGGAGGAACUACCACCCAGUGUCCAGACGGUAGCGAGUAGUGAGACCGGGGACACAUUCUCGCUACUGCCAGACGAGCUAGUACUAAGUGUACUCCGCUGGCUUCCCAAGAGAGCUUUGGCUCACUGUGCCCUUGUUUGUAAACGGUUGUAUAGGCUAGCCUGCGACGAGACACUCUGGCAAAGGCUAGACCUAGGUAAUAAGACUCUAGCCAAGGACGCCCUUGGAAGGAUAUUGGCCAGAAAACCCGUCAUAGUCAGACUAGCUAGUUCAGAGAUAGGCCCCUGGUCUCCAACGAAAGUGGACUCCUCACGCGUCCAGUACCUAGAUCUCAGCAUGAGUUCUCUAGAGCCGAGGACACUGGAACACGCAAUUAGAGCCUGCCCCGCGCUUCGAAAACUUAGCCUUGAGAGCGUUCGUGUCAGCGAACAGGCACAGCGGCUUAUUGGUAAUUGUACAAAUUUAGAAACGCUAAAUCUCACAAUGGCGCGGGGAGUCACAGCUGAGGGUCUGACGAGUAUACUGGAAGGUUGUACCAGUUUACAGUCGCUGAACAUUUCAUGGUGUAACCUAAGCGAAGCCGCGCUGCAUGUGGUAGUGACUAUGCUGCCUCAGAAACUACAGAGAUUGAACAUCAGCGGAGCGAGGAUUAUGACCGAUGAGAUGGUGGGGCGGCUGGUGGCGCGCUGCCCACGCCUGCUGGAGCUGGACCUCUCGGACUGCUCGCGCCUGGGCGUGGGCGCGCUGGCGGCGCUGGCGGCGCUGCGGCGCCUGGAGCACCUGGCGCUCAGCCGCUGCUACCUGCUGCCGCCGCACGCGCUCACGAAGCUAAGCAGCAUGACGUCUCUACAGUACUUAGAAGUAUGGGGGAUGUUGCAGAGCGGAUCUCUUAACGCUCUGAGAUCAGCGCUACCCGCGAUACAACUCAAUCAAUUUAUGUUCAGCGCCAUCGCGCGGCCUACAGUCGGUACCCGUCGAACGUCAAUCUGGGGCCUCAGAACAAGAGACUGAUCUAUUUAUUUAAGUUAUUGUACAUAUUUAUUGUAAUUAAGUCAAAUAAAAUCGUUCAAAUCAUAAA